AUAAGAAUGCAAGGCGCAUUUAUCAGUGGCUUGAUAAGCUUGGCCUUGUGUGCCUGUCUGGUAACAGUUGAAAGUCGUUUCAACAUCAGCUUUGCACAGCUGGACUCCUGCAACAGCUAUGAAAUUGAAUCAAGCAGAGGUUAUUCCUAUAAGGACUCUUUCAUGGUGCACACGAUGGACAACAACAAUAUAGAGCCUAACCAGCGGCUGCACUUGAAAUUCUAUGUGCUGACCAGCAUGGAUGCACACAUAUUGUUAUCCGUAACAAGCCGACCCCGACCCAAUGAUCGCGUAUACGAAAUUGUGAUAGGCGCUGGCGGAAAUACAUUCUCGGCUAUACGCACCAGUAUGGGACUGAGGCGCGUUUCGACGAACCAAGAUCCGCAUCUGUUAUCAAUGUACGAUCCCACACCAGUUGAAAUAAUACAAACAAAGGAGGGCGAUUUGUAUGUUUAUAUACCGGGCUUUAAAAAGGAGCCGCUGCUGCAUUUUAUGGAUGCCUCUGCGCUCAACAUAAACUACAUAAGCUUCAGCAGCUUUGGCACAAAUAGUGCUCGUUGGUUCUACGAUUGCGCCUUUGAUGGCUACUCUACUGAAAUGGAAAAGGAGAAGCGUCAGCUUACAGUUCAGGAGCGUUUAAUGAACGCGCUUAACGACCAGGGACAAAACAGCAGCCUACCCGCCAAGCUAAGUGGGCUGAGUUUUAAUUUUCAAAUGCGUUCUUUGACCUAUGAACCAGCCAAUGCAAUGCUGCGCACACGACUGCAGCUGUUGCUGCACUGGCAGGACCCGCGCCUAACAUGGAAACCGGAAAACUACAAUAAUAUGACUUACUUGGUGCACAAACAACUAGAGAUCUGGACGCCAGAGCUGCUUGUGCUGAACGGCGCUUGGGAUUCUAUGGGCAAUGUGCUCAAGUCAUACGAAUUGCGUGUUUAUGCCGAUGGCAAUGUCACUUUAAUGGUAAACAAUCUGGAGCUUAAUACCUGGUGUGUGGACAGCGCACGCAACUGGCCACACGAGCGAGUUCAUUGCGAUAUUAAAAUGGGAUUAGCUACAAACGGGUUGGCAUUAAUCUAUGAUACGCAACGUCCGCUGGCGCCCAACGAACAUGUAAACACGCUGUCCGGCUGGACGUUUGUGGAAAUUGGCGUUACGCAUUUAGAGAAUGCUGAGUCCAUGCGUUAUUCGCCGGAAGGCCUAAGGCAGAGCAUGCACGGCGACAUGGCCAUUGAGUUUACGCUGCAAAGGAACGGCUCUUUCUAUAGACAUGUGUUUGUUAUGCCACUGGCAGUCUGUCAAAUCUUUAUUGUGCUUUCGUUUUUGCUGCGCGGCUAUCGACGCGGCGCAUUGAUACUUAUCACAUUAAUGUUGACCGCCUGGGGACUUAUAUAUCUAACACGCCACGCCUCGCCACACUAUGUGCCACAGCUUAUGGUUGAUUAUCAGCAUGUGAUGCGCAUUUCUGUUUAUUGCUAUUUACUGCACAUUGCCAUCAUGUGGCUGCGUUGUUAUCCACCUCGAAGCAAGGCGCCUGCUUGGAUUUUGGCUGUGAUUAACUGCCCCGCCUUGCGUCUGGUAUUGGGCAUGCGAUUUUCCUAUUCAACCGACUACGGCAAUAUACAGGAUCAGCCUUGGCGCCAGGUGGCCAAAAUGCUAAACAAUGCCAGUCUGCUGGUCAUCAACAUUAUCUUUAUAGUGCUGGAUGUUAGAGAUUUGUCGAGCGUUUGAAAAAUUCAAGUUUUUCUUUAUUUGCAGUGUGUGAGUCUUAAAUAAAUACAGAAUAUUUUGGGAUAAGAG